AUGAAUGACCCAAGUUCAGAAUUAUAUGUACAAACCAAUAAUAUUGAAGAAUUUAAAACUCAAGAUAUUACUUCCUCUCAAUCUACGUUUGAAAUGCACUCAGAAUCAUGUUAUACAAGUAGAUUGCUCAGCAUUUCUAAUUUGCCAAAACUUGAUAAUUUAAGUAAUUUGUAUACACAACCUGUGCAUACGACUUUAGACCAAGCACGAGAUGCUUAUAUAGAAAUCCCAUGA